UCGAAGGGUUUAAAGGGCAGGGUUCUCAAUGAUUUUUGUGCUUUCGUCCCAAAACUAAAAGCCCAAAACGGAACCAAAGUCCAGCCUAUCUGAUACUGAUAGUCUUCUUCAAAAGCUUCAUUCUUCGGCUUACACUACAGCAAAUGGCGACGAUGCUGAGGAGCACCAGCACCAGCACCACCUGGGGGAACAUGGGUUUCACCACGUUGCUUGGUCGGAGGUUGAGUCACUUCAUGGCCCUCCCUCCGACGUUGGAUGCUCACAACCAAUCCACCGUGAGCUGACAUUUCCACCGUCCGUUUUGCCCGAGUCCAAUCAAAACCCAGAUAGCAACAACAACAUAGGAUUCGGAUUUGGAUUUGAGUUCCCAAGUUUUUCUAUGGAGCUUAUGGCUGUCCCCGAGAGGAAGGUUUCUCCCCAUAAGAGAGAUAUAAGAAAUGGGCCAAAGGCUUUAAAACCUACGUCUGUGAUUAUACGGUGCAUGAGAUGUGGUCGGGUCAAGCUGCCACACUUCUACUGUUGCAGCGGAAAGAGGGAAGUUGUCGGUGAGCAAAACGAGUCAUCCAGAUAAUCAAAUUCUCAGAUACGACGUAUCAAACCUUGGUGGACUCCUAGAAUUUUAAAUUUUCAGUUUCAACAAGUUUCAUGAAGUAGUUGGAAUUUAUAUUGCAUCUUUCUUGUAGGAAUGCAGGUUAUGUUAACCUUGUUCUGUUUCGCAUCAAUACACAUUUCUACUAAAUUUUUAUUGUUGUUAAAACCUCAUCCAUUGAGGCUGGGAUUGUGGAUGAUUAGAUUGGUUAACUAAGGUCUCUGCAAACCGGAGUAGUUUUAUGAGCAGAAUUCAAGAUUUUAAAUUUUCA